CUAACAUCUGAAUUCAACAACUGGAAACCAUCCAGGAAUCGAAUAACGGUGGGUACUGGUUAUCAGAAUACCGGUAUGGGAUAUUACUAGACGAAUGCGACAUCAUCGUUACUUCAAUUGCUCUAGAACUUCUUGGAACAAAUCUUGAAUAUGCCAUGAUCGUUGAAUCAACCAUGGACGGUCAGCAAGAGGACACCAGUUCUACCUUAUUCGUCAUGACUAAACCAUUACUGGCACAUAACCAUUCCCUGCUUCCCACGCCCGACAGUUUGCGAACCAUUCAAGUCAACUAGGCUCGAGAUGAGCCUCUAGUGGACCCUUGCAUCCAGACGGCAUCCGUUGUCCCGAGUCGUAUCCAACAUGUCCACCCCUUCAACGCCCAUAACUCCCAUCCAUACCCACGCCCGCAUCCCCUCUCGGGAGUCGAAUAUUUCUGAAGGCAUCGCCGAACCAACCCACCGAAUCUUCCUUGUUGAUCGUACUCGGUCACGACUUUCCAAUGACCCGCGACCUACAGCAGCUACUCAAAUAUCAGAUGGACCGCCAAGCAACCCUACAAGAAUCUCGAUUACGACCGCCUCGCCUCCUGGAUCACCGUCGUUAAAACCCUCGGGGCUUCGCGAAGAAGUAGAACUGGAUAGUUGCGAUGGCAAGAGCCCCAGCAUCGCCGCAACCCGGACACGGACACACGGCACUUUACGAGCUGGGAUCGCGAAGAGGAAGUGGCGGAAAUGGCAGGCAUCCAAACUAGGAAUCGACCUCGAGGAUUCAGAUCUUUCCGAUGAAGAGUCGGAACAGCCGGGCGAAUUUACGGAGAGGCCUACCCCUCGGAGCGAUGGUGGGCAGGAUGCAGAGACGGCUCGGAAACGGCGACAGGUGACGAGCAUGGCGGCAAUUGCGCCGGAAAGUCGGACGAGAAUGCGGUUACGGCUGGAUAUCGAAGGGGCGAGAUCAUAUACGCUGCACACAAAGAAAGGGAAGAAAGGAGACGUCGUCUAUGAUGUCUUACUCGAGCACCAACGCGGCGCAUUCAUAUUGGGCCUCCCCCUAUUUAGCUCAAAGAGCUUGCUGAACCUUGAUACACCCGCAUGGGUGCAUGGAAGAUCAGGUCUCCCAUCUCUCGUCGACAUCACGAACGCCGUCCCGCCUCCUGGCUGGCGGUGGGACUGGGAUCGCUGGUAUGUCGACAUGGGGGGCAGAGGAGACGCCGCCGCUAGCAACGUGGAAGCCGGCUGGGCUGGUGAUGUGGAUGAGGAAGGGUGGGAGUACUCCGGCGGAUUUGGUAUGUCUUUGGGGUACUGGAGGCGAAAGACAGGUAACACAGUCACGACAAGGAAACCGAGCGGGAAUCUUUCAGGAGAAGGCCCCAGUCCCGCUCAGGGCGAUGAAGGAACCGUGGACGUCACCGACCAUGGUCUUGGUGGGCCGAUCAAAGGCCGUAAGUUCCGUAGUAAAUGGCAUGGCACCCAUCCAUUCUGGAACUCCUUCGUCCGACGCCGCCACUGGGUCCGCAAACGAGUCCGCAUCCCCGGCUUCGCCCGCACCGGGAAAGAGAAUGCAUCCCACCAUCCCCACAAGCUCACAAGCGACUACUUCACCAUUCACCCCGCCGGUCCCAAUGCCGUCGACUCCGGCCCCGAAAGCCUCUUCAGCGAAAGCUCCAGCACCCUUGCACCCACCGGCGCUAUCAGCCGCUGGCAACACCUCGUCGCCGACCCCGACCCCUCCGCGUCCCCCACCGACGCAAUCGAGAACAUCGGAUCCCUCCUGCGCGCCCUCCGCUUCGCGUCCAUCGACCGCGAGAAGAUCACCCUUGUCCAGAGCUUCCUCGACCACGGUGGCGAGGAACUGCACUACCUCGCGGAGACGAUGCCGGAGAUCAUGGCGAAGUUCGUGUUCCAGCAGUCGCGGCGACGGUUGCUUGCGCGGCUGCGGGAGCAGAUUCGCCAGGCGGAGGAGCAUCGGAAGGAACAUGAGCGGAGGGGGGAGAGUGAGGAGGAGAGGGAGGCGAGGAUGAUUGAUGAUCUGCUGAGGGCGGUGGAGGCGGCGGAUUGGGAGUGUGGGAGGUUGCAGUAUUGGAGUGAUGUGAGGGAGAUGGAGCGGCGGGCGGAGGGGGGGCGGGCGAAGGGGAGUGUCGCGUGGGUGACGGAUCGGUGGUCGCAUGGGUGGCAGGACGAGAGUGCCUCUGAGUUAGGGGAGGGAGGGGCGCAGGAGGAGGAGCCGUCGAGUCAGGUUGGAGUCACUGCUUCUGAUAAGGGGAAAGGGAAGGUACGUGAACCGCCCACUCGGCAGCCAACCUGGGCCACUGCAAAGGAGGAGCAGGACGACGACCCGACUUUCAUGAUCACGGAGCUGGAUCGUGCUGGUGAAAGUCCUCCGAUGACCGAUGUGGGGACGGAGAAGGAGAUGGUUGAGGACAUAUCAGACUUAAUUGGCAAGGCUCUUUCGAAAACACCACGGAAACCAGAGGAGGAUGACGGGGAGCACGGUUCAGAAGCGCAUGCUGCUCAGGGCGGGCAAGAAGAGGUAGAAGGGGAGCAUAUAGGUGGCAAGGUCCAUGACAAUUCGGUUGUCAGGGAAGGUGGAAAACAUCAGGACAUAUCUGAUCAUCCUUCAGAGGAACCGGAUAAAGAUCCAGAGAUGGCAUUGGAGGAGACGCAGUCCCAUCAACCAUGAUGUCCGCACCCAGCUCGGGUGCUUUUAUCCAUAACAUAGCGAUCGACGUUCUUGUAGUGAGGAUACAUGUACAUUUCUAUAUUCUAACAGCACUUUGUAACCAGAUUGCCAUAUUUUCCAUUC